GAUUAAAUUAUUUCAAAUUUAUUUUAUAUUCCACUAAGUACAUUAGCAAAAUAAAAGAAAGACAAAUGAUGAAGAAUUAUAUGUACCUGGUGAUCGUUCCAAACAUCCCUUGAACGAUGGUUGGGUUGGUCGUACAAGUCAGUAGGAUCAAUAGGUCCUUGAUCCAAAUAAUAGCGUUGGUUGUAUAUAUCCACGUCGUCCCCAACCUACGAUAGAAUAACAACAAGGUUAGUACAUAUAAUAAUUAAAAAGCUUAUAAACACAACAAAAAUUGACCAGAAUAAUGAGUACGUACCGCUUGAAAUUCAUCAUAAUAAACUCCCUCUCCUUGGAACCACUUGUCCAUUUUUUCGCGAAAGUCGGACAUAAAUUCGGCGGGUUUUGAGGGAAAAACCAAAGAAAUGUUUUCUGAUGGCAGAUCGGACUUAGCCGCAACCAACAGGCCACUAAUUCCUAGGCUUUUGGGAGGGGAGGGGAUAGAGAGAUAAUUUUAGAGAGAGAGAGAGUGAGAAUGGGUUGUGGUGUGAAGAAAUGAGAGGGGGUAUUUAUACUAUUCAGACUGCACCCUCUAGGUGCGGUCUGAUAAUUUUGCACUCAAUGAAACCGCACCCUUCGGAUGCAUUUUCCGUUUCUCGAGGCGCUGACCGCACCUGCCAGCUGGGGUCUUCGAUCCAUGGCGCGGAUCGCUGAGGUGGCAUGCGGUCUGCCGUUUGAUCGCUGCCUUAUCCAAGGGUCUUGAAGGCCGCUCCGGAGGAAACACAAAUCGCUGCUUCCUAGCGUGGUUCCUUGGCUGACCUGGCACGGACCGCAUCUCCAAGGUGUUGUUUCAUAAAAAUGGUGCUAUUUUUGUAAUUUUUAUGGGCUGGGUGUUUUUUUAUGAUUUUUUUAAAAGAUGCUAUUAUUGGAAAAAUCCCCAAUAAUAAUCCAUUAAUCACUCACGUCUCUUUUUCUUCCUGCCGCUUGGCAUGAUAUAUACCCAAAUCAUUUGGUAAAUCUAUUAUAAUAAAAGUGGAAAAGUCCAAACAGCUCAGCCGUGGUCUGCGGAGAAGCCAGGAAAAGUGAAAUUAAGGGUGUUCCAAGGAGAACCUCCUUAUAGUAAUGUUUGAUUGACCACACAUUACUAGUUCUAAUCUAAAGAUUAAUAUAAAACAAAGGAAUUGAACCUACAGUUGGGAGUACUGCUUGAAUAUGCUACAUCACUUGUCGUUAGGCCUGUCGGUUCGGUUCGGGUCGGGUAACCGAACCCGAAAACCGUGAAAAACCAAAAACCCGAACCCGAACCCGAUCCCCCACAACCAGAAACCGAAACCGAAUUGUGCUUUGUGGGUUUCGGGUGCUGGAACCCGAAAUUUGUGCUGGCGGGCUUGGUUCGGUUCGGGUGAAACCAUGACCGAAAAGAGAACGGAGCUUUUGAGUUACGACAGUGGGAAGUAGAGUAAAGGGAGAAAGGAAGGUGGGUUCAUUCUCUAGCACCAGAAAAGCUUACCUUCUGGAGUUGGGACGUUGGACGGAAGCCGACGACUGCAGUCUGAGCAGAUGACGAAGGCGAGGCGGCGGCCGGCGGAUUACGACUCGAAUCUGCAAAUUUUAGGGUUUAGUCUUCGUUUCAACAGAACAGACAGAAGACUAAGGCGGCUGAGAUUGAUGACUGACAGAGCACUGCGAUGGGCGGCGAAGCGAGGAAGGCGAGGCGGCGGCCGGCGAGGAAGAGGGAAUUGGGGUUUCGUCAGGUGUUGACUGAUGAAAUAGAGAUCGAGAUUGGAGAUUGCAGAAUGCAGAGCAGACGAAGGAGAAGGACGCCUCCACCAACAACAAAUCUGUCACAGAGAAGCUCUCCGUCGACCAAAAUUCCACUGGAACCUUGACGCUAGGGUUCUACUUAUUUCCCCUCUCCCCGCCGAGGUUGGGUUCUGUUGUUCCAAUAUGCUCGACGCCAGCAUUCUGCUUCUUUCCCCUCUCCCCACCACAAUUCUCCUCUGUCGCAAUUCGCAAGGAGAUACCCGAACCCUAAGAGCUUUCGGGUUUUUCGGGUUUUAAUUGGUUUUCGGGUUACAGAAAAACCGGAACCGCUAACUGUUGCUUCGGUUUGAAACCGAAAACCCGAAACCCGACUUCAGUGUUUUCGGUUCGGAUUCGGUUUAACCCGAAAACCCGAAACCGGUUGGACAGGUCUACUUGUCGUUUACAAUCCGACACAUGAGCUAUCAUCAUGCUAACCUUAUACUAUCCUAGCCUUUAGAGAUUAGUACCAUGCUAAUUUUACAGAGGUUAGCACCAUGCUAACUAUAUUUCUAACCACACAUUAAUAGAUCUAAUCUUAUCGU